AUGCUUCUUGAGUUAGAAAAAAUCAAAGAGGUAAGCAUUCCGCAUCUGUAUGUGUUUCCCACGGGUUCUCUGGAAUUCACAUGUGCAAUGUUCAAGGGCUCUGGGUAUACAACCUUCAAGAUAGUGAAGUACAAAAUUUAUGAAAAGUGGAAGGUUCUACUAGAUGAAGAAUGUAAUAAAGAGCCAAGCGCAAUACCCAGUGCAUGUGAUGCAUAUACAACACUCCAAGAGAUUGUAAAAGUACUAAGAAGUUAUUCCAAUGCUAAGAUAUUCGAAAAGCCUAAAGGCGUCUUUCCAUUUAUCUCUAAGGGCCCCAUCGAUAGAAAAAGAAACAUCUCAGCACUUCUGCUUUUCAUCGAAAACAAGUGUCUCAAAAAGAAUAGCAACGGGCAGAAGUCUGCUAUUCAAUUAAAGGAAGAGGUUCAAUAG